AUGGAGGAGAAGCGUGGCAGCGGCGGGGACGCCGGCGGAGAGCAGCUCCGCGUCGUCAAGCACGAGCUGCGGACGGCUAAUUUAACCGGACAUGCAGAGAAGGUGGGGAUUGAAAAUUUUGAGCUCUUAAAGGUCUUAGGAACUGGAGCUUACGGAAAGGUGUUUCUCGUGCGUAAAGUGAGUGGCCACGAUGCUGGAAAGCUGUAUGCCAUGAAGGUCCUGAAGAAGGCCGCCCUCGUCCAGAAGGCCAAGAGCACGGAGCACGCGAGGGCGGAGCGGCAGGUCCUGGAGCAGGUGCGGCAGUCGCCCUUCCUGGUGACGCUGCACUACGCCUUCCAGACAGAGGCCAAGCUCCACCUCAUCCUAGAUUAUAUAAAUGGUGGAGAGCUUUUUACUCAUCUUUCUCAGAGAGAGCGUUUCACAGAGCACGAGGUGCAGAUCUAUGCCGGCGAGAUCGUGCUUGCCCUCGAACACCUGCACAAGUUGGGGAUUAUAUACCGUGACAUUAAGCUUGAGAAUAUUCUGCUUGAUUCUCACGGCCACGUGAUGCUGACAGACUUUGGUCUGAGUAAGGAGUUUGUGGCUGACGAAGCUGAAAGAGCAUAUUCCUUUUGUGGAACCAUUGAAUACAUGGCACCAGAUAUUGUCAGAGGGGGAGACUCAGGACAUGACAAGGCAGUUGACUGGUGGAGUUUAGGUGUUCUAAUGUAUGAAUUACUAACUGGAGCAUCUCCGUUCACUGUUGAUGGUGAGAAGAACUCCCAAGCUGAGAUAUCUAGGAGAAUAUUAAAGAGCGAGCCUCCAUAUCCCCAGGAAAUGAGUGCUGUAGCCAGAGACCUGAUCCAGCGUCUCCUGAUGAAAGAUCCCAAGAAGAGACUGGGCUGCGGCCCACGCGACGCAGAUGAAAUCAAAGAACAUCCCUUCUUUCAGAAAAUAAACUGGGAUGAUUUAGCUGCCAAAAAAGUGCCCGCACCCUUUAAGCCAGUCAUCCGAGAUGAAUUAGAUGUGAGUAACUUUGCAGAAGAAUUCACAGAAAUGGACCCCACUUACUCUCCCGCAGCUCUGCCCCAGAGCUCCGAGAGGCUGUUCCAGGGCUAUUCCUUUGUUGCCCCUUCCAUCCUCUUCAAGCGUAAUGCAGCCAUCAUGGAUCCUCUUCAGUUUCAUAUGGGAGUUGACCGCCCCGGGGAGAUGCACGUUGCAAGGAGCGCGAUGCUGAAGGACUCUCCAUUCUAUCAACACUAUGACCUAGAUCUGAAGGACACACCACUGGGAGAAGGAAGUUUUUCAAUCUGCCGAAAGUGCAUUCACAAAAAAAGUAACCAAGCAUUCGCAGUCAAAAUAAUCAGCAAAAGGAUGGAAGCCAGCACUCAGAAAGAGGUGACAGCUCUGAGACUCUGUGAAGGACACCCCAAUAUUGUGAAAUUACAUGAAGUUUUUCAUGAUCAGCUUCACACAUUUCUAGUGAUGGAACUUCUGAACGGGGGAGAGCUGUUUGAACGCAUUAAGAGAAAGAAGCAUUUUAGUGAGACGGAAGCCAGCUACAUCAUGCGGAAGCUUGUUUCAGCUGUUAGCCACAUGCAUGACGUCGGAGUGGUACACAGAGAUCUGAAACCCGAGAAUUUAUUGUUUACUGAUGAAAAUGACAAUUUGGAAAUUAAAGUCAUUGAUUUUGGGUUUGCACGCUUGAAGCCACCUGAUAAUCAGCCUCUGAAGACGCCGUGUUUCACUCUUCACUAUGCUGCCCCAGAGCUCUUGAAUCACAAUGGCUAUGAUGAGUCCUGCGACCUCUGGAGCUUGGGCGUCAUUUUGUAUACAAUGUUGUCAGGGCAAGUUCCAUUUCAGUCUCAUGAUAAAAGUCUGACAUGCACCAGUGCAGUGGAAAUCAUGAAGAAAAUUAAAAAGGGAGAUUUCUCCUUUGAAGGAGAAGCCUGGAAGAAUGUAUCCCAAGAGGCUAAAGAUUUGAUCCAAGGACUCCUCACAGUCGAUCCAAACAAAAGGCUUAAAAUGCCUGACUUGAGAUACAAUGAAUGGCUUCAAGAUGGCAGUCAGCUGUCGUCAAAUCCUCUGAUGACUCCAGACAUUCUGGGCUCUUCAGGAGCCGCGGUGCACACGUGUGUGAAAGCCACCUUCCACGCCUUCAACAAAUACAAGAGAGAGGGGUUCUGCCUGCAGAACGUGGACAAGGCCCCGCUGGCGAAGAGGCGGAGGAUGAAGAAGACGAGCACCAGCACCGAGACGCGCAGCAGCUCCAGCGAGAGCUCGCGCUCCUCGUCCUCCCACUCGCAGGGCAAGCGCACGCCCCCCGCGGCGCCGCAGCCUGGCCCGCCUGCCGAGGGCGGCGCGCCCGAGAGCCCGCUCCAGUUCCCGGACUGA